AUGUCUGCUCUCAAUUCCAAUGGUCGUCCUCCUCCACCCGGUGACGAGGAUCUCCAGCACCUUUAUGAUGAAGUUUGGCGGAUCUUUGGCGAAGAAACAGCUUCCCCAAUCGAGCGCUCGCCAACAAGUGCGGUUUCUGCCCAUACACACGAGCCCCAUUCUAAUGGUUCAUUCCACGACGUUCGCGCGACUAUAUCCCCUUCGUCUUCAAUCAGAAACGCCCUUCAUCGUCCUCCUGUACCUGCGCCCCAGCGACCGCAUUCUCCUGAAAUACGCCCACAACCUGAUACUGCGACCUCUCCUACACAGAGGAGAUUAAGACCACUUCCAUUGCCUCCAGGUGCUUCUUUAGGUCCUCAGCCUCAUGAACAACCACCUCCAGUUGCAAGUACUUCUCGCCCUGCGACGGCUGGAGUUGAUGGGCGUCGUCAGCUUCCCCAGGCCCCUACGGUGCAACCCAAUGGCUAUAACGGCAGUCGCCCAUCCACAGGUUCUGCAACAUCCCCAACCUCAUCUACAAGUAAACCAGUCGCUACUGGCUCUCAUGCCGACGGGCUGCCAAAUAUACACAAAGCCGUCCCUGCUGUUCCCUCGCAGACCAAUGGAGCGUCUGUUAAUAGUGUUGAUGUGUACCGUUUGCAACAAUCAGAUAGCAGCCUCGAUGUGCAAGGAUACGGUGUCACCGUCGCGCCCAAACCAUCUCCUCGGCCUCCUGGUGCUUCGGCUCCGAACAUUCCAGGUCACAGCAAUAUACUUGAUGACUUCUCGAUCGACCAUGGUCCAGAUGAUAUGAAGAACCGCCCAUCUCAUCGCCCCCAACAAUCUUCGGAACAAUUUCGUCCUGCGGAUGCCUACCCCCAGCCUCAUGCGCGAUUGCAUCCAAACGAUGGCAUCAAUGGUCCAGCACCAUCUGCUCGGGUAAAUGAUUUGCGUCAUCGCCCUUCAUCGUCGUCCGACUAUAUCCCUAAUUAUCAUCAAGAUACUGACCCUAAACUAGGCCGUGCAAUUUCUACAGGCUCUACCACAUCUUCAUUUGUAGCGGACUCACUAGGUCGCAAUGUCUCAGUGACGACAGCAGCCACAAGUUACACUGAUACCGACAGUUCAACUGCCAAAGUUGGGCCAGCGAUACUCAGUAGGGAAGGGUCCUACGGGUUCCCAUCGGCAGGCCCUUCGGCACUUAAAUAUAGUCAUGGUCACUCAGAUUCUGGCAGUGGCGGUUUCCAAGGUGGAAGCGUGGACUCGUUAGCGCGUGCCCGUCCGAGUGUGUACAGCGGCACACCUGGACCUCCGCUUGGCGACCAGGAAGAAGAAGAAGAAGACGACGACGAUUACUUUGACUCCGAGAGCGAUGAUCCAGAUCCAGACAGAUUUGUUAACUUCAGCUUGCUAUCUCACUUGGCCGUCCGCUUGCGCGACAAGGUACCUCGCGGCACCCAUGUGAAAAGCAGCAUCCCUUACCCUCGUGCUUUCACCGGGAAGGACAUCGUCUCUACCAUUCAAAGCCAAAUCCAACGUGAACUGCUGAUCAAUCAUGGUGUUUCGACCACCGAUCGCCGUGCUGCCCUUCAGGUCGCGCGGAGUCUACAACAGCAACUAUUUUUCUACGAAGUUGAGUGGGGUCAGAAGCUGCUGCAAGAUGGUGUCGAGGACGUGUAUAUGUUCCUGGAUGACCUCGAGGGCAACUCUGAGGCUCACCGCGAGAGGGAAGAACUGCCAACGGCAGUCAUCACUUCACUCACUCGGUGCUAUGCGUCUGGUUGCAGUGAGGACGACCCAUGUUAUUCGUUUGCUUGUCCACGUCGACAAGCUGGUCCGAUCGUCGAUUUUGGUCCGGUAGCCGAACCGGAAGUACACCACCAAACCGAAGACUGGUUAAGUACAGUUGAUCCCGGUAUCCUUCACACUCUUCCAGAAAGUGAAGUUCAUCGACAAACCAUCAUUUAUAAAACUAUCACUCAGGAAGAGCAAUACGUCCAAGACCUGGACACCGUGGAGGCGCUGUUCAUUCGGCCACUGCUGAAAGCAAGUCCUCCUGUCAUGCCGGCUAACAAGCUAGAUGAGUUUGUUGAAGAGGUUUUUGGAAACAUCCUAGAUCUUCGAGAAUGCAACAGGCGGCUGGUGGAAGCUAUGUAUGUUCGGCAGCGUGAGCAAGCACCGAUCAUCCAAAGGAUUGGAGAUGUGUUUUUGGACGCCGCGAGAGAGUUCCGGUUCGCAUAUCCGACAUACGUUGGACAUCUGCCCCUCGCAGAAAAGCGCUUCAAAGAUGAGAUCGAGUCCAACGCGGACCUUCGCUUGUUCCUCGAGGAGUGCUCGCGACAAUCCAAGCAACAGGAAGCUCGUCGACUGGACUUGAAACACUUCUUAUCGCGACCUUCUGAACAUCUGCAGAAGUACCCCAUUGCGCUGGAGGCGAUCAUGAAAGAGACAACUGAAGGCAACCCAGACGCGUACUACCUUGCAGAAGCCAUCGAAGCCAUCAGGAAUCUUCAGAACGUUGCACAGCUCCGGACAUUCCAGACUGCGAUGGGCAAAGGUCCGACUGGAAAAUGGGAGUGGCAUGAUAUCGUAGCCAAGGAUGUUCGAGAGGGCCUCAGCAAGGCUGAGGCCAAGCGUCAGUCCAUCAUAUUUGAACUGAUCAAAGGCGAGAUGGCAUACGUCAGGGACCUAGAAAAUAUCGACUUGAUUUACAUCCAGGCCCUGCGAGAAAGCGAUCCUCCAGUCAUUAGUCGUGAGAGGCUGAACGGUUUUAUCACCGACGUUUUCCACAACUUUGCUGAGCUCCACUCACAUCAUCGGAAGCUCCUAGACCAACUGCAUGAUAUACAGCGCGAUGAGCAUCCAGUGAUCAGGAGUGUUACAGCACCUUUGUUUGACGCUGCUUUGAACUUCAGGGAUGCAUACAUGGAGUACAUCCCCAACUACCCUAUCGCUGCCUAUCGCAUCGAUGACGAGAUGGCCAACAACGUCGAUUUCAAGACGUUUGUUGACCAAUGUAUACGGCAUCCGGAUGCUCACCGCUUAGACAUGAAGAAUUUUAUCAACCGUCCUAUCCCUCGAUUAUUGCGGUACGAAUUGCUCUUGAAGGGCGUAAUGGACGAGACACCUGCUACCCACGAGGAUCGUGAAGCGAUCCCUCAGGUCUUGGAGAUCAUAAAGGCUCUAGGCAAGGAGACCGAGCCGGGAGUUCAAUCAGCGAAACAGAAGGUUCAGCUCUGGUGCUAUAACUCAAAUUUGCAGUUCAAGCCCAACGAGUCUGUUGACAUGGAUCUUUUGAAUGAAAACCGCUCUCUUAUUCACGCUGGAAAGCUGCUGCGACAACCCGAUACCGGCUUUGAAUGGAACGGAUGGACCGAGCUUUUCGUCUUGCUGUUCGAUAAUUACUUGGUCAUGACCAAGACAAAAGAAAAAGAUGGCGUGACAAAAUAUAACGUUAACCGGAGACCCAUACCGCUGGACCUUCUUACCCUGGCCAGCUUCACUGAUCCCCCGACACAGCGCAGCACAAGCAUAUUACGUCUCGGCCUUGGUGGAGGGAACAGGCAUGCAGAAGGCUGGACCCUCUCCAGGCUCGGUGGUUUGCAUACCUUAUUUACGGAGUCUCAGCAAGCGCGAGCGGAGUGGAAGCAGAAGCUGGACGAGGCCAUCGGCUUGCGCAAGGUUGUUCAAGAGUCAAACAAAGUCUUCGAGCUGGAGCCGCUCAGUACAGACACCUUCCUUGUGCCCUCCAUAUCUUCAGCUGCUGUACCAUCUUGGAACCACGAGAAUUCCCUCACAGGCAAGGUUACUUGCUCUGUGCCCUUUACUACCGCUGAUGGACGAGCAUUGGUGGCUAUUGGUUGUGCCGAGGGUGUUUGGAUAGGCUUUAGACAUGAUUCAAGAUCUAUGCGCCGUUGUGCAAUGCUUGAGGAUUUCGGAAUGUUCCUCGUACUUGCAGACAAGGCUCUCUUUGCAUACCACAUCGAGGCUCUCGUUCCAUCAUCCCCCCAGAGCGCUCAUACGUCUCAGACACCACAGAGGGUUAAUGGGACCAGGGACGUUCACUUCUUUAGCGUCGGCAACCAAGGCGGACGAACGCUAGUCAUAUACAUGAAGAAGAAAGGGCUCGACAGUGUCUUCCGCGUUUUGGAACCGGUGGUGGAAAAAAUCAAUGAAAGGAGUAAGGCACCUGCGUCGUUCACCUCUCGCUUUGGUAUACGGCCUGCGCGUUCAGAGUGGUUCCGACUGUACAGGGAGUUCUUCCUGCCCUCGGAAUCUUUCGACCUGGUCUUCCUCAAAGCAAAGAUCGCGAUUCUUUGCACCAAAGGUUUCGAAAUCAUGGACCUAACUGAUGUCACUAUUCCACUGCGUGACGAUGGCUACGAAAGACUUGCAAAACGCGGAGAAUCUUGCCGGCCAAUGGGGAUGUUCCGCGUGGAAAAUGAAUUCCUUUUGUGCUAUGAUGAGUUCGGUAUCUACGUCAACAAGCACGGCGCACCUAGUCGCAACACGGGCACUAUCGAAUGGGAGGGCACGGCUGAGCGCGUGGCAAUUCACUGGCCUUAUAUACUUCUCUUCGACUCCCGCUUCAUUGAAAUCAGGCAUGUAUCGUCGGGUCUGCUCGCACAGAUAAUUCCCGGAAAUGAGAUACGCUGUAUUUGGGACGGUCGUGGCACCUGUGCCCCUCCAUCGACUGGACCGGAAAGCUUCCAACAAAUGAGCCUUGACCCCCGGAUUCACUGUGUCAUGGCUGCGCCGGAGCCCAUUCAACACGGCGCGGUGGGGCGCCCUCGCUCAGUGGCUCAACACGUGUUUGAGCUGACACCCACGACGCCGCUCUAUCCACCUGGUGCACCUGGAUCACCCAACAACUCGACGUACCUCCAGCAGCAAGCCGUUUCUCCUCCGCAGUCCCCCAACCUCCUCCCGAUGACAUCCUGGAGAUGA